GGGCAGGCGGGUGAUGGCGGCGCUGGUUGUGUCCGAGGCUGCGGAGCAGAGCGGCCGAACCGGCCCUAGCAGAGGUCGGGCCCCUCGGGGCCGCUUGGCCAAUCAGAUCCCCCCUGAGAUCCUGAAUAACCCCCAGCUGCAGGCAGCCAUCCAGGUUCUGCCUUCCAACUACAACUUUGAGAUCCCCAAGACCAUCUGGAGGAUCCAACAAGCCCAGGCCAAGAAGGUGGCCUUGCAAAUGCCUGAAGGCCUCCUCCUCUUCGCCUGCACCAUUGUGGAUAUCUUGGAAAGGUUCACAGAGGCUGAAGUGAUGGUGAUGGGUGAUGUGACCUAUGGGGCCUGCUGUGUGGAUGAUUUUACUGCAAGAGCCCUGGGAGCUGACUUCUUGGUGCACUAUGGACACAGCUGCCUAGUUCCCAUGGACACCUCGGCCCAAGACUUGCGGGUGCUGUAUGUCUUUGUGGACAUCCGGAUAGACACUACCCACCUACUGGACUCUAUCCGCCUUACCUUUCCCCCAGCCAGUGCCCUUGCCCUGGUCAGCACCAUUCAGUUUGUGUCAACCUUGCAGGCAGCUGCCCAGGAGCUGAAAGCUGAGUAUCGUGUGAGUGUCCCACAGUGUAAACCCCUGUCGCCUGGGGAGAUUCUGGGCUGCACGUCCCCAAGACUUCCCAAAGAGGUGGAGGCUGUUGUGUAUCUUGGAGAUGGCCGCUUCCAUCUGGAGUCAGUCAUGAUUGCCAAUCCCAAUGUCCCUGCUUACCGAUAUGACCCGUACAGCAAAGUCCUGUCCAGAGAGCACUAUGACCAUCAGCGCAUGCAGGCUGCCCGCCAAGAAGCCAUAGCCACUGCCUCCUCAGCUAAAUCCUGGGGCCUUAUUCUGGGCACUUUGGGCCGCCAGGGCAGUCCAAAGAUCCUGGAGCACCUGGAAUCUCGACUCCGAGCCUUGGAACUUCCCUUCGUGAGGCUGCUGCUCUCUGAGAUCUUCCCCAGCAAGCUUAGCUUACUUCCUGAGGUGGAUGUGUGGGUGCAGGUGGCAUGUCCACGCCUCUCCAUUGACUGGGGCACAACCUUCCCCAAGCCGCUGCUGACACCCUAUGAGGCGGCUGUGGCCCUGAGGGACAUUUCCUGGCAGCAGCCCUACCCAAUGGACUUCUACGCUGGCAGCUCCCUGGGACCGUGGACGGUGAACCACGGGCGGGACCGGCCCCCCCAGGCCUCGGGGCGGCCCGCGCUGGGGAAGAUGCAGGAGGGGUCCACUCGCCCUUCUCCAGCCGCGGCCUGCGAGGACUGCAGCUGCAGAGACGAGAAGGUGGCACCGCUCACUCCUUGACACGCUCGGGGGGUCCCAGGGCCCUGUCUUCUGGAGGAGCAGCCUCGAGGCUGGUGGUUUUCAGACCAGGACGCAGACGUUUUCUCCGCACUGGAAGAGCCCACAGUG